CUCUGACCAGUGCGGCAGGAAAAAGCGCAGAGGAGACACGGCGGAGGGAAAGCGGGGAGGAAAACAGCCAGAAAAGAAGAGGAAAAAUAAAGAAAGCAGGAACAUGGACACGAGCAGCGCGUUCGGGUUGUCCCCGGGCCCGUCCUCCCUUCCCCGGAGCCGCUGGAGCAGCCCCGUUAUGUCUGGUAACUGAGGAUAGUAAUGUCAAGGAAUGGACGAAAUCUUCCAAAAACCCAGCCGCGCUGUCAGGGUUUAACUCCUUUAACAUAAGGUCAUUAAAGUGAGGAUGGUGCCCAUGUAACCGGAGGAGGAGGGGGGCUCUCCUAUCACACUCAUCACGAUCUCCAGCAUCAGCCAGCCUCAGCUUUUUGAUUUUAAUUUCCAGCAGCAGUGGUUUUUUCCCCAGCUUUUUUUUUUUUUUUCCUGCAUUCAGUUUUUCUGCACGAGAUGUCAUCCAGGAGCAGCUGACUGGCCUCCAGCAGCAGCAGCAGCCUCACACGCAGACACCAUGGGAGAUGCUGCAGACGACAGGGGGAUGAGACGGACCUUCAUCGUCCCUGCCAUCAGGAGCUUCGAUCACUACGACUUCACCAGGGCCAAGAUCUCCUGCAGCCUGACGUGGCUGGUGGCCAAGGCUUUCGGCUCGGAUGCCGUACCAGAGGAGCUGGCUGACCCAUUCUACAAGGACCAGUACAACCAGGAGCACCUGAAGCCUCCGGUCGCCUGCCUGCUGCAGUCUGCAGAGCUCUACUGCCGUGCAGGAAGCCUGAUCCUCCGCAGCGAUGCCGUCAAACCUUUACUGGGCCACAACGCCGUCAUUCAGGCCUUGGCCCAGAAGGGCCUGUACGUCACCGACCAGGACAGACUGGUCACAGAGAGAGACCUGACCAGCACGCCCAUACACAUGAAUUCCCAUCUGGCUCUCAUCGAUACCCUGAUGAUGGCGUACACGGUGGAGAUGGUGAGUGUGGAGAGGGUGAUGUCCUGCAUCAACAGAUACUCGUCUGCUGAACCUUUACACAGCGAGGAACUUUUCCAAGAGCUGCCGUACGACACAGAGGACGCAAUCACCACCUGGAUCAACAAGGUGAAUGAGCACCUAAGAGACAUCCUUGUGGAAGAGCAGAAGCUAAGAGAGGCUUCCCUCCAUGAGUCAAACGCAUCGUCGCAUAAAGCUCGGUACCGGAGGGAGCAUGCCCAGAGGAGCGCCCCGUCACUCCCCCUGGUGGAGAACCUGCUGAAGGAUAACACCGACGGCUGCGCCCUCACUGCUCUGCUGCACUUCUACUGUCCACAGGCCGUCAGGCUGGAAGACAUCUGCCUGAAGGAGACCAUGUCUCUGGCUGACAGUCUGUACAACCUCCAGCUGGUGCAGGAGUUUUGCAGGAACAACCUCAACCACUGCUGCCACUUCAGCCUAGAGGACAUGCUCUAUGCACACGCGUCAGUAAAGAGCAACUACCUGGUGUUUAUGGCAGAGUUGUUCUGGUGGUUUGAAGUGGUCAAACCUUCAUUUGUACAGCCCCGAGUCUUCGAUCCAAACGCAGUCUGUGAGUCCACAUCAACCUGCAAAGACAUGGCUCCUGUGUCCAGUCCUGUUAAACAGAGCGGUGCAGACAGAGCUUUCAGCCAGGAAAACAUCCCCACUGAAGGUGUGAUGAAGAGAUCUACCUCCUUGUCCUACGUCGAGGGCUGUGUUGGAACCUGGCCCAAAGAAAAGGGCUCUUCCUCUCGGGGAAUCUCCUUUGAGAUUCCCUUGGACGGGGACCCGACGCUGCCGCCCUGCGAGGCUCCUUCCCUCCGUGGUAUGACCCGCUCGGCCAGCAGUGAUGGCCUGGGUUUCAAAGUUCACUAUGCAUCGCGAGGAGGCGCGAAACGCAACCUCUCCCUCGCGCCCGUCAAUGUGAACGGCCAGAACAGACACAUACCAGAGGAGGCCGAGGAUUUCUCUUCCCACAAGUCCUUGGGGCGGAGCAACACGUUCUCUGUCAGGAGCCAAAGCAGAUAUUCCAAUGGAGUCUUAUCAGACAACAACAGCCCCAGUCAACACCAUGGCAACCAUACCGGCCAUGUGAGCCCAACAACUCCUCCGAGCAUUGAGGAAGCCCUCAAGAUUAUCCAUGACACAGAAAAGCCUCACGCCAGCCUGGGCGUUGGUGAUGGAGAAAACAGCUUCUUCCUCCACGGCGCGGAGCCGUCAGAGCCGUCAGAGCCGUCAGGGGCCCAGGCUCCGGGUGACGACCCCGGUUCAGCUAAGGCCCGCCUGAAUGACCGCGACCCCAACUCCACAUCCACUGAUGAAGUGGACACGGGCAUCCACGUCCGGACCGAAGACAUCCAUAGCUUGGAUGAGGACUCGUCAUCACUGAGAGACUACUCAGAUAUAGACCCCGACUGUGAGGCCGUGACCCGGUCGUGUCCGCUGCCCGGCAGGCCGGAGGGGGACAGGGGUCGGGAGGGAGGAUGCCAAGGGGUGGGUGAAGCUAAUCCAGAGGGUGAGAAGGAAGAUGGUGGUGGCAGAAGCAGCCCCUCUCCCGUUUCGGCUCCCGCGCUCCCCAGAUCGCACACAGUCAGUCCCAGCUCUUUGUCGGGGGGGUCUGGAGGAGGCCUGGUGCGAAUGACGAGCUUCGCAGAGCAGAAAUUCAGGAAGUUAGAGGGGAGGAGCAGUGGAGGCACCACACCAGACAGUUCUGAUCUCAAUGUACCGUACGCACAGCCAACAAAAAGCAUGUCAUCUCAGCUCUCCACACCCCCUCUGCCAAUCACCUCCCCCGCUCCGGUAACUCCUACACCCAGAGAUCCUUCCCACAUCAUAGCUUCAGAGAUGAUCCAGCUGAGGAUGAAGCUCGAGGAGAAGCGCAGAGCCAUUGAAGCCCAAAAGAAGAAGGUGGAAGCAGCUUUCACUCGGCAUCGCCAGAAAAUGGGCAGGACGGCCUUUUUGAAUAUAGUUAAAAGAAAAGGUGUGACGGCUCCCCUCAGCCCCAACUCAAGAGGAGAAGAAAAAUCCUCAACAGAGCCGCAGUCUUCAUCAAAGGAGAGUAGCCAGGACAACAUGGAACAGACGGAGCGGUGCAAGCCAGACGGCGCCGCUCCCAAAUCACCCUGUGAAGAUGGUGGCGGUCUGACUCCAGAAGGCGACCUGGCAGAAUACACACGCUCCAUCGAGAGGCUGAACACGUCCCUGGGUUUCCUGCAGACGGAGAUGCAGCGUUUGUCCCAGCAGCAGGAGAAGAUCAUGGCCAUGAGAGAGCAGCAGCAGCAGCAAACCUGGGUCAUAUCACCUCCUGCUCCAUCUCCACACAGGCAGCUGCGGGAGCUGCGCAGCAGCAGCGUAUCGGGCCGGGGGUCGGGCCGUGGCUCGGUGGGGUCUUUAUCACCAAUCCUGUCUUCUUCUGGUUCCCCCCGCGUCCCCAACCGCUCCUCUACCGGGAUCAAGCGACGCCCAGCCUCUUUUCAUGCCAGAACACCUCGGACUCCACGUCCGAAUGACCAGAAGGUCAGCCAGUUCAGCCGGAUGCUCAACACCCCCACCUCGGUGGACAGCCUGCCCAGACUGAGGCGCUUCACCCCCAGCCAAACCCAGAUCAGCUCUUUCGCCUACCUGGGUCAUGACGAGGGGCCUGGGGAUAGAAAAAACCAAGACACUGAGGACAAUAAAGAUAACUCUAAGAACAAAGAGAAGACCAAAAACAGUGAAGGAGAAGCGGCCAAAGAGACGGAAGAUGAGAAGCGGAAGGAGAGAAAAGAGCUGAGGGGAGAAGUGAAACAGUCGAGGACAUCAGAGGUUUUGAGCCAGCCGGUGUCUGAGAUCACAGGGGGUGAAGGCAGCCGGGUUCAGGAAGAAUCCCAGGAGAGGAAAGACCUCGUGGAGGUGCCUCUCUCCGAGCUGAAGCCUUCAGAUGCCGAAAGAGAAACGGGAGGAGACGACCAAAAGAUGUGCUGUGGAUUCUUCUUUAAGGAUGAUAUGAAAGGUGAAGAGGACAUGGCAGCAAAGAAAGCAGCGCUGCUGGAGAAGAGGAUGCGGAGGGAGAAGGAGACUCAGGAGAGGAAGCAGCAGCAGGAGCUGGACCAGGAGCAGAAGAAGGAAGCUGCUCGCCUGAAAGCAGAAGAGGAGCAGCAGAAGAAAGACGACGAGAAGGCAAGGAGGGACUACAUCAAGAACGAAUAUUUGAGGAGAAAGCAGCUCAAAUUGAUGCAGGACAUGGACGAAGUCAUAAAGCCUCGAUCCGGAAGCCUCAAGAAAAAGCCGCGGCCGAAGUCCAUUCACCGGGACGUCAUGGAGUCUUCCACCCCUCCUGUGAGGGUCACAGGGGUGCGACCUCGAGGCUUCUCCGUGUCUAGUGUCUCUUUGGCGUCCCUCAAUCUGGGUGACAACGACAGAGACCAGUCCAAUAACAGGAAAAACAGCAGAGGCAACAAACUAGCUUCUGCUCAUGUUCCCUUUUUUUUAACCUCCCCCAAAGAGAGAAAGGGAAGGCCAGAUUCUGCAGAGGGUUUCUCUUCUUGUCCUUCGACUGGUAGUCGGAAUGGGGAGAAGGAUUGGGAAAAUGAUUCAACGACCUCCUCCACUCCCUCCAACAACGAGUACACAGGACCCAAGCUAUAUAAAGAGCCCAGUGCCAAGUCCAACAAGCACAUCAUUCAGAAUGCCCUGGCUCACUGCUGCCUGGCUGGUAAAGUCAACGAAGGACAGAAAAAUAAGAUACUUGAUGAAAUGGAGAAAUCUGAAGCCAAUAACUUCUUGGUGUUGUUCCGGGAUUCUGGAUGCCAGUUCAGGUCCGUUUACGCCUACUGCCCUGAGACGGAGGAGAUCACCAAGCUGGCCGGCAUCGGCCCCAAAAGCAUCACAACUAAGAUGAUCGAGGGCCUGUACAAGUACAACUCGGACAAGAAGCAGUUCAGCCAGAUCCCAGCCAAAACCAUGUCGGCUAGCGUGGACGCCAUCACCAUCGCCAGCCAUCUGUGGCAGACCAAGAAGCAGGGGACACCCAAAAAACAUCCAAAGUAGUGCCGGAUGAUCGGGCAACACGCGCACAUUCCCCCUUUUGGACCAAACAGGAAAAAUUGCGGAUAAUACUUACGACCUCCAAUGUGGAACACGAUGUUGCAGAUAUUACAAAUACAGAGCUGACCGUAACACUACGAUGAGGCACAAGUGUGUACUUGUCAGCAUGUGUAUCAAUGUUUUCAUGUGCCAAAAAGAAAAGAAAAAAAAGAUAACCACAGGCGAGCCAAUGCCUUACCUAGUUGAACCACUGAAGCACUGAAUGUCACGCCUCUCGGAGGCAAUUUGGUUUCUUUAAGUUGAUCAUGUGUGGCCUUAUGCUUGUUUUGUGUCAUAUGGAUGUGCCAUGAAGUGUUAGUGUCACUUUGUCUGCGCCUGUUGAAAAAGUCUCUAUGUUGAGUGUAUAUACACCCAAACGUGACUGGCGUCAGAUUACAGCCUGUCCACGGUCAUCAGACGGCAUUUUUGAUGCAAGUUUAGCUGCUAUACAGGCAUGUAUUUUUGCUUUUAUACACAAGACUGACAACCGUCUAAGCAGGUCAAAUUUUUGUGUGCGUGUGUGUGUGUGUGUGUGUGUGUGGGUGUGUGUGUGUAGCGAAGUGCCAAGCAGAGUAUGGAGCAUACUUCAGCUGGUGGCUGCAAUUACUUUCCAAAAGUGUGUCAUCAUGAGGUAAUCAAGCAUAUGGAGCACCAUUAGAUGAUUCUGGAGAAGACCUGCAAUAGACUCUUAAUUUAUUUCAUUUUUAUAAUGCUUUGAAGAUAUUUUAAAAAUUUGUCACACAUCCUGAGAACUGUAAUACACUACACAAAUGUAAGUUAAAUUAGUUUGUAUAUAAUGUCAUUUCCAUUCAAACUGAAAAAGUCUGCUUGGCGUAGCGUUUAAGUAGCUUUUAUAAUUUAUCAUGUAUGUGUACCAGUGUGUUGCUGUUUGGAGCCUUUUAUUGUGCCACAGAUGCAAAAAGUGUGAUCACUCAGCAGUAUCAGCGAUAAGAUUUUCAUAUGUUGUAGAUUAAAUGGAAAUCCAACACAGUGUAAUUAGUUCGUGCAGUUUAAGAGUCAAUUAAGUGAUCACCAUUGAACCCUUUGCCGAUACAACAAAUAGUCAAAAUGCCACUUUCAUGUGGAUACCGUGUUAACUAUUAGGUCCAGUUUACCAUCACAGCUGUAAAUAAAUAGACAAACUCAUCUAUGAUAGCUUUCCACUGUUGUCAAGCCUGAUCAAAGAUGUUUCGUCAUCAGGACUUUUCUCCUUUUAACUUUACUUACUGUUUCUUCUUUAUCAUGCAUUCCUCUAGUCUGUGUUGACACUGUACAGAUAUAUUUUGGCAUAUAGAAAUAUUUUUUGUAACAUCAGUUGGAAGUGUGUACUAAAGAUGCAGGAGUUGUUGAAGGAAGUGUUUAUUGCAAAGUGUACCUGAAGAGGUGAGGUAUUCAAACAUGUGUUGAAGUUUUGUUGUGGUUAUAUAUCAAGUUACUAUGCCCAGAAUUUUUUACCAGCUUUAUUUUCUUUUCAAUUAACAAAAUAUGCUCAGCUGUUCACAAUUUUUUUUUUGUCAUUUUUCUUUUUUUUUAUUAUUUGCUUCAGCUUUAUUAAAAUGCCAGCUAUCAACAGUA